CCACAAUGUUCACGAGCAAGAAACACUUCACCAGUGCCAUUGUUGGGGCACUGGUCGCGCUCUCCCUUAUUGCCCUUGUUCUCAGCCUGGUGAGCAUUGAAGAUGUCACCCUGCCACCCACUGCCAAGUAUGGGAUGGUGUUUGAUGCAGGCUCAUCCCACACCUCUCUGUUUGUCUACGAGUGGGAUUCAGACAAGGAGAACGACACCGGUGUGGUCAGCCAGACCUUGUCCUGUGAUGUCCAUGGACAAGGCAUAUCAAGCUAUGCCAAUGAUCCCCCGAAAGCUGGUGAUUCCAUAAGGGAGUGUCUGGAUAAAGCCCUGAAGGUUGUUCCUGCUGCAAAACAGAGGGAAGUCCCAGCUUAUCUUGGAGCAACAGCAGGAAUGAGGCUACUGAGGGAGCAGAACAGCUCAGCAGCAGAGCAAGUCCUGGCUGAAGUCACUAAAACCAUGCAAGAGUACCCAGUGGCUUUCAAAGGGGCUCGAAUCCUUACAGGAGAGGAGGAGGGGGCUUAUGGCUGGAUCACCACCAACUACCUGCUGGGCUCCUUCACUAAGUACUCACCCAAAGCACACACGUGGGUUCAUCCAGAGGCAGCCAACAUUUUUGGGGCACUGGAUCUUGGAGGAGCAUCCACCCAAAUCAGCUUUAUACCCGAAGGUUCAGUGGUGAACUGGAAGGAAGGCUCCAAGUUCACACUGUACGGGUAUGACUACAGCAUCUACACACACAGCUACCUCUGCUAUGGCCAGAACGAGAUGCUGAAGCGACUGGCGAAGGAACUGAUUGCGGAGUCAUCCCCCAGUGCCCGAGUCCAUCACCCCUGCUACCCAACAGACUACAAUGAAACCGUGUCGCUGUCUUCCUUCCGCACCAGCCCCUGCACGAACCAGAGCGACCCACGCCUGGGCCCUGGCGACAGGAACGUCACCCUGGAGGGCAGGGGCGAUGCCAGCGGGUGCCUGGCUGCCGUCAAGAAGCUCUUCAACUUCUCCGCGUGUGGCCAGAGCCAGGACUGCAGCUUCGAUGGCAUCUACCAGCCGCCGGUCAGAGGGCAGUUCAUUGCCUUCUCUGCCUUCUACUAUAACUUCAAGUUCCUCAACCUGACCAAGGGGCAGACGCUGGCCGCUGUCAGGGAGACCAUUGAACGUUUCUGCACGAGAAGCUGGGAAGACCUCUCCGCCAGCUACCCUGAAGAGAAACCUCAGCGCCUGCCUAAGUACUGCACCAAUGCCAACUACAUCCUCACCCUCCUCCUCGAUGCCUACAAGUUCAAUGAGACCAGCUGGAGCAACAUCAUCUUCCAGAUGAAGGUAGGCAGCAAAUGCAGCCUGUGGGCAGGAGCAGAGGAGGAAAAGAGCCAGCUUCCCAUGCCGGGUGAUGCGAGAGCUACGCUCCAGGAAGCCACUCUCUGGGCUGCGGCCGGUGCUGCUGCUGUGGCUUUCCUGCAGGGUAACUCGUGUCCCCUCUCCCUGGGCAGGCGGGGAGCGCCGACGUGGGCUGGACGCUGGGGUACAUGCUCAACCUCACCAACAUGAUCCCGGCCGAGGCCCCGGUGUGGGUGAAGGGGCACGUUCCUUCCUUGUGGGCUGCAGCCAUCACCUUCAUCAUCCUCACCCUUGUCCUGGGACUCACUGCCCUGCUCCUGCUCCUGUGGGUGUAGGA